AUGGCUUCCUCAGACAAGACAGGGAAUCUGACGCAACCCAAAAACCAUUCGAAGGACACAACUGGGAAAAAAACCUCCGACGCUUCUGAUGAACCUCCCAGACAUGAUGCGCCCUCUCAAGGCAAUGGCGGCUCUUCAGACGUGAGUCCAAAGACUAGUGUUAAGGGCCGUAAGGUUUCCAAGAAGAGUCCAUCACCAAAGAACAGUCAACAGCCGAGCAAUGAGCCGGACUCAAGUGCUGGGCAUGACACAACUUCUUUCCAGGGCAUCAACGCUCUGUCCAUAAAGGCAACGUCUACUCCAAAGGCAAUAACCCAAAAUGUUUCGGACGAUGAGAUCGCGGGCGAGGUCAUUGUCCCAGGAACGGCUUCACGACAAGCUCGAGCCAAUUCUGUGGUGAGGGAUGAGGACUUGCAAGAUGAGUUGACCCCGUUGCUCGAAGGUGAUGGCUCAGAGUCCCAUAUUGCACUAGAAGAGGGCCUCCAUCGCCACUUGCGUGCGUCUACCCCACAAAGAGGGUUCAGGGCCUGGUUUGCCCGAACUAUUUGCUCAGCUCCAUGGUGUGCUUCCUUUGUUUUUUUGAUAGUCGUGGUGAUCUUAGUUCUUCUACUUUUAGUUGCCCGAAAUCUACCCAUGCUCUUGGACCAGGCUUUCGUCUCUGAAGUGCAAAGUGUCUCGAUCAUAGGCAUGAAUGACUAUGGCAUCUCUGUUCACGUAAUUGGUGCUACAGGGGUUGACUAUGAAAAUGUCACAAGCAAACUCUACGGUCUGGUCAUGAAAAUUGUUGCGUUGUUCAUUGGAGGUGUGACGGUAGUGCCCUCUGGUCCUUCCAAAGUAUACCUCAGCGGUGAAGGAGUGAGAAAAGCGCACGUUGUUGAUAUCUUUCUUCCAGAGAUCCUGUUGGACCUAAUUGACCAUCGCGUAACAGACAUCGACUUCAUCAGUGAGGCCAUCUUUGUUCAAGAUUCCUUAGAAGGAGUACUACAAGAUCUAAUGAAACAUGACCGUUCACAACCUCUACAAGUCACAUUAGAGGUUGAAUUUGCAUCUGAGGUAAUGGCAAAAUGGCUACAUUUUGAUGCUGGUGUGAUCAACAUCAGGGAAGUUGCUAUUGUGAGUCCUGAAAACAUGGCUACUCCAAUGACGGUGGAAAUGAUCGAUCUUGAUUUGAGUAAUGACUGCGUCGCUCUCAAUGCAACGAUAGUCGUUGACGUUUUGCCCAUGAAACUAGAAUUAGAAGCCUCUCAGUGGAAUGUGUCUAUCGCAGAUUGCCAUGGCAAGCCGGCUUAUUUAGGUUUAUGGAAUACUUCUCCAUUCUCGAUCAAACCGAACAAAUUGUCUAGUAUCGAAGUUCAUGGCUCUAUUCCAAAGGUACCGGAGUAUCUACUCGAGAAAUGCGAGGACGGGGAGUCUCCCUUCAAUAAGUUUCUUUCGAAACUCUCCAGCCAAAACACGCUCGAUAUAUUUGUGCUGGCGGCUAGGACUAAACAAACUGCUCACAGCUUACCAAAGUGGCUAUACAGAAUUCUCACGCAAACCGAAGUGAACCUAAACAUGCCAGUUGACGUUCUGAAUGUUUUUUUAAAAGGGGGGCUUAUCUCAAAUUAUACCAUCCGUUCUCUUGAUUUGAAGGUUCCAAGAGCAAUCUCCAAAGAUCUCAUGAUUGAAGGCAACUGCGAGUUGGAUGCCUUGCUCUAUAUUCCUGCGAUUAAGGGUAAUUUUGAUUUAAGUCUUUCAAACUGGACGUCUUCAGUGAAUGUAAAGAACGGUAACUCGACUGUUGGAUCAGCAUCAACAGUACAGAGCAGCAGCCUCACUUUAGACAGCAGAAAAGGAAACGAAACCAGUGUGCUUGGAGUUUUUGACAAAUGGAAUUAUAUCAUCACUGAUCAUGAUUACGUGGGUCAAUGGAUUGAUCGCCUUCUCAAUGGUCAGGUCUCCAGAUAUUGCCCUCUAAUUGAUGCUGAUGUUGCUGAGGUCACUGUCGAGCUGUCGCUUCUCAAUACCACUCUCAAAGAUUUGUCAUUACAUAACAUUUCGUUCGCGGAUGGAAGCCUAGAAACCUUGAUUUCCCAGAGUGAUGGUUUCCUUGACAAUCUUUUGCUGCUGAUGAAUAUCAGCAUAGAGGAUAUCACGUUGCUAAAUUCAGACCAAAACUGGAUGCAACUAGGAGUACAAGUGGGCUUAAACAACCCUCUUCCCAUGAGUUUGCAUCUUGACGAGGAUGCUUUUGUCUUUUCCUUCUUCUUUGAAGACAUCCUCAUUGGAAAUUGCACAUUUCAACUGUUGCACAUACCUCGCACGAAGGAUAGAUUCAAAGUAGAGGGUACCAUUUUGGUUGAUUGUACGACGUUCAACAUGAGAAAUGCCGCCGAAAAGUUUGCCAGUCUUAUUCUCUCCGGUGCUGAUAAUAUCACUGUCGGUGCUCAAGGCGAAUCUGCGAAUGAUUCCUCGGUGUUCGGCAAAUUGAUGAAACACAUUCAUGUCCCAAUGGUGCAUUUGCCCCGGCUUUCAUUUCCAAAUCCUGAAGAUGGCUCUAAAGCAUUACAACAAGAGCUCACCAGGAGUAGUCCUUUUUUAUUGGAAGCAACCAUUCACGUGUUCGCUUCAGAGGUGGAGCUUCUCGUCUUCAAUCCAGUGGCCAAUGAGGCAAUUGAAGUCAAGAUCUUGCUGUGUCAAGCAAUUUACGAAGGCGAGCUACUUGCAUAUGCUGACAAUGUUGAAACGAUGAAGGUGGAGCCUGGGAUCUACAAAACUAAGCGAAUUCCUUACAAGGUUGGUUCUGGAAUGGGUACUGAUAUUUUACGCCGAGCAUUGAACGGAGAAUUGGUAGUUACUGUCAAGUCUGACAUGUUGAUUAAGAUUGAUCAGUUUGUUGGCCAGGUUUUGCUACAAAUAGAUGGAGUGACAGCAAAAGUCAGGAUAUAA